AAGAACCCGGACUUGUUGCUGCACGAGUUUAAGCGUGAACUGGACGAGCUGUCCAUCAAACGAGGUGACGCGCUGGGCAGACUGGCCGAAGAGUCUCUGGACACGCUGAAGGAAAUGUGCUUCUCGCCGGCGCUGGAGCUGCAGCUGACGCACAAUAUCAUCCAGAACGCCUUCAAGGACUACGACAAGGAAGAGUGGGUCAUCGACGUCAACAAAGAGCUCACCGUGACUGACGUUAUUGUCGAGUGCUUCCCGCUACACGACCGAGCGUUCAACAAGCAGUUUUUCGACGAGUACCGUAAGCGAACGUUCGAGUUCAAUCUACGCAAAGUGGCAGCAGGAAACAGCGAUCGCUGGGCGGUGGAGGAACUGCGUCUGCACUUCGGAGAGCGCGUGGCCUUCUUGUUCGCCUUCAUGCACAUCUACACGAAGCACUUGCUGCCUUUGACGCUGUCGUGUCUGUUCUACUACUUGUGUUACCGCUUCACGUCUGCGCCCACGUGGAAGCAAUACAUGGAGGGAUUGGCAGUGAUUGGCGUCUGUGUGGUCUGCUUCUGGGGUCCUUCGUUCCUCGUCUGCUGGCCGCGUGAUACUUGA